AUGUCCGCGUCGCGAUCACCAGAGGACAUCGAUAUUGGGCACGUGCUGCUGGAGGCGCGCACGCGAUGGCUCAAGCCCGUCGAGGUGUGCAACAUCCUGCAGAAUUUCCGCAAGUACGAGUUCCAGCUCAACCAAGAGCCGCCCGCCAAGCCGCCAAGUAAGGGUCGUCGACCGUUGGCCCUCGGGAUCUCCCCACUCCCCUUCCCCACCCUUCCUCCCCUUCCCCCUCCCCACCUCCCCCCCCCCCUCCUCCCUCUCUGGCCCCCACUCCCUCUCCCCCGUGUUCUCCGCUGGAUUUAUGGAUCUUGUUUUUUAACUUACAUUCAACCAUCUCUGUACGAUGAUGACGUGGCACGGCUGCGCGCAGGCGGAUCGCUGUUCCUGUUCGAUCGGAAGGUGGUGCGAUACUUCCGCCGCGACGGACACGUGUGGCGCAAGAAGAAGGACGGCAAGACCGUUCGCGAGGCGCACGAAAAGCUCAAGGCGGGCAGCGUGGACAUUCUGCACUGCUACUACGCGCACGCGGAGAGCGACGACCGCUUCCAGCGCCGCUGCUACUGGCUGCUCGACGGGCAUCUCCCAACCUCGUUUCGCCGUGUCUCCCCUCCCACCUCCCGCCCCCCCAUCCUCCAGGGCACGGGGCGGGCGCAGCAGUCCCCCCGCCACAGCACGGUGGACUCCGUGCCAAUCUAUACCGCCCAGGGCCCCGACAUGAGCAUAGACGACCUCUCCGCGUCCGUGGGCGGCGGGGUGAGCGGGAUGGGAGGCGGCGGAGCUCGCAGCGCGGGCAUGGCGCUAAUGGGCGGGGGAAGCAGCGCGGCUUUAGCGGGUAUUGGCAGCGCCAGCGCCGCUGGUGGUGGUGCUGGUGGCGUUGGGGGUGUUGGGGGGGCGGGUGGGAUGGGCAUGCAUACCCCUUCCACUAGUCGCUCUGGCAGCGGCCGCAUGAUAGGGCUUCCCUACGCUUCCAGUUCCGCCUCUGUGGGCGGAACUGCUGGCGGCGGGGCGGGCGGCGGCGGAGCAGGCAUGGGGGCGGGCGGAAGGGGCGGGGGCGCGUUUUCCAUGGAUAUCCCCGCGUCCCCCAGCCACGGGAACGAGUACUGCUCGUCGAACGCGGGCGGGAACGAGUCCGGGGCGUUCGUGGGCGGGGGGAGGCGUGGGGAGGAGGGCGAGGAGGAUGAGUAUGAGAGCGGUUCAGAACGGUUUGGUGAGGAGGGGGAUUCGGCUCUGAACUGGACGCAGCUGGAUAUGCAAGGCGGGGGAGGGAGGGGCGUUGGUGGUGGGAUGGACGAUGCUGGGCUGGGUGUGGGUCAGCAGCAGCAGCAGGCGGUGCAGCAGCAGCAGUUGCGGCUGCUGCAACAGCAGCUGCUGCAGCAGCAGCAGCAGCAGGCGCCGCAGGGGCAGCAGGGGCAGCAGGUGGCGGGGGGGAUGACGGAUUUCAUGGGGCUGUCGUCGCAUGGCAGCCUGGGUGUCACGGGGCCGGCUGAUCCCCUCUUGCAGCAGCUGAUCCCCUCUUGCAGCAGGUGGGUCUCACUCUCCCUCUCCCCCUUCUUCCUCCCCGUGCUGCACACACUUUGUUUGAGAUUGAUUUUGAGAAUUCUCAAAAUCAAUCCCCUCUCCUCUCCCUCUCCCUCUCCCCAUUCUUUCCUCCCGUUGCUGCACACCCUCCCCCCUUCUCCCUGCGCUCACCUCCCGUCUCUCCCGUUCCCUCUCAUACCCAUUGUUCAGAACAACCAGCAGCAGCAGCUCUCGAGGCUGCUGGAGCAGCAUCAGCAGCAGCAACAGCAGCAGCACCAGCAGCAGCAGAGGGACAUGCAGUCGCUCCUGCGAGACACAGUGGUUCUCGACGAGCUCAUCAAGGCGUCAGGCCUCGCAGGUACUGCUAACGCUGCUGUUAGUGUGUUGAGGCACCUCAAAAGUCGUCUCAAUAUGAGACUGAACUCGCUCAUGUAUGCUCGCUCGGGCUCCUCUGGCCCACACACAGACCUGGUGCGUGCGGAUGAGCAGGUACAAAGAGUAUUUGGCAUGCUCGUCUUUUCUCGCCCUUCUCUCCCCGCCCUUCUAUCCUUACUCCCUCUCUCCCCGCUCCUCUCCCCCCGCCCCUCUCUCCUCACCCUUCUCUCCUCACCCCUCUCUCCUCACCCUUCUCUCUGCUCAUCCCUCUCUCCUCACCCCUCCUCACCCUUCUCUCCUCACUCCUCUCUCCUCACCCCUCUCUCCUCACCCCUCUCUCCUCACCCCUCUCUCCUCACCCCUCUCUCCUCACCCCUCUCUCCUCACCCCUCUCUCCUCACCCCUCUCUCCUCACCCCGCUCCCCUCACACCUCUCUCCUCACCUCUUCAUCCCUCCUCCUGCAGACCCUUCCUCUCAACGAGGCAGGCAGAGAAGCAGCCUUCAGCGGAGGCGGCGCCUCCGGCUCCCCCCGAGCCAUCGCUGCCGCCACCGCCGCUGCAGCCGCCGCCAUAGCAGCCGCCGCAGCUCCGGCCGUACCUCCCGAGAGCUGGCUCGGCGCGUACCCUCCGGAGCUCCGAAGCUCCGGAGGCUCGGGGCGGCCGGGGUUCUCCAAUAUGUUUGAUGAGAUGCAGACGGAUGGGGCUAACAGGAGCCUGUCUGGUUUCCCCCUGCCGCCCAGCGGCAGCAGCAUGCCUAAGAGUGGGAGCAUCCCUCAGAGCGGCAGCAUGCCGAACGAACCAGCAAUGUUUCGGAAGCUGGACAGCUUUGGAGAGUGGAUCGAGGAGGUUUAUAAAGGGGAUGCUGGUGCUGGUGGCGGCGGGGGAGCAGGCGGGGACGGGGCGGGAGUGGGAGAGGACGCGGUUAUGGGGGGUGGUGCCUUUCCUCUCUCUGCAUCUGGAGCUGGUGGUGGCGGCAGUGGUGGCGGCGGUGGCGGUGGUUUUGGCAGCGGUGGCGGUGGUUUUGGCAGCGGUGGCGGUGGUUUUGGCAGUGGUGGCGGCGGUCCUGGUGGUGGCAGUGACGCGUUUGACAUUAGAAUCCAAGCCAUGCGGCGAUCUGCCCCCACGCCCUCCCCUCUCUCCUCCCCCGAGCCCUUUCCCUCCUCCCCCACCUCUUCCGGUAUGGUUUCCCCGUCGUUUGGAGCCGGCGAGACGGGGUUGGAAAGGCAGGAGGUGAGUUUCAAGCUAGGGGUGAAGGAGGAGGCGGGAGGGGACGGCGAGGAGGAGCAUGGUGUAGGGCUGGGGGGCAGCAAGUAUGACCUGUCCUUCAUGGGUGCUUCUCCCAUGCUCCCUCUUGGUAGCACCGCUCCUGCUGCUGCUGCUAGUGGUGGGGUGUCUGGCGUGGGGGCGGGCGGAGGAGCAGGAGGAGCAGGGGGAGGAGGAUGGAGAGGGGGAGGGAGCGUCGGGGGAGGAGGUUGGGGAGGGGGAGGGAGCGUGGGGGGAGGAGCAGGAGCAGGGUUAGGGGCGAGGAGGGGGAUAGGCGGCGGGGUGCUGUCGAUGGGGGGCAUGGGGUCGGUGGCAGCAGCAGACUCGCCGCGCCCCAUGGUGACCUUCUCCAUUGCCGACUAUGCUCCCACCUCUGCUGCCACCAUGGGGGGCGUCAAGGUGAAAAGGAGACCUGAUGGUGACCCUCUGCGGCCGAUGGUGACGUUUACCAUUGCCGACUAUGCGCCCACCUCUGCUACCACCAUGGGGGGCGUUAAGGUGUUGCUAGCAGGCUCUGUCCACGACCCCAGAGGCACCCCAAGCCCCCACACGCGCUCCUCCCCCCGCGGCAGCUUCUCAGGCAGCGGCAGCCUUAGCGGUGGCGGGGGCAGUUUCGGUGCUGGGGGGGGUCUUGGGGGGAGCGGGCUUGGGGGGACCGGCAGCGGGAGCUUCGGUCGGGGGGACACAGUGUGGGGCGUGCGGUGGGGGGUGACGUUUGGAGAGGUGGAGGUGGAAGCUGAGCAGGUUGUGCACGGUGUACUGCGGUGCGUGGCCCCCAUUCACAAGCAGGGGAGGGUUAGCCUGCGUGUUACCUGCACCCCUGCUGCUGCUGUGACUGUGACUGCUCCUGGGGGUGAGGGAGAGGGUGGUGGGUCUGCAGGUGUGGAGAGUGGGGGAGGCGGAGGGGGUGGAGAUGCAAUGAAUCAAGACAUGGCAGUAGCAGGGGGGGGUGGGGGGACGGGGGUUGGAGCAGCAGGAGGAGGGGUAGGAGGGGAGGGAGGCAAGGCGGUGAAGAGAGUGCCGUGUAGCCCUCCUGUUCCCUUCGACUUCCUCCCUCCUUGGCAGUCAUUUAAAAAGAGCCUCGCUCUAGACCGAAACAGGAUCAUUGGCAAGAGUGGUCUUGGUGCUGGUGCUGCUGCUGGUGGCGCUGCUGCUGGUUGUGGGGGUGGUGAAGGGGAUGGUAGCAGGCCGAGUUUGUCCCGUUUGUUUCUCUCUGAACGCGCUCUGCUCUCCCGCCUCCUCUGCUUCAUCUCCCGCAUCAACCGCGCCAGCCUGGCGGACGUCAGCGCUGACUGGGCGUGGGUGGAUGAGGCGCUGGCGUCCACGUCAGCAGCAUGCCCGGAUGAAGCGGAGUGGAGGGGUAGGCUGGAUGGGAACAGGGGGGGGGAUUUGGCAGGGAGGGAGGGAAUGGGGGUGGAUAGGGAGGAGGAAGAGGAUGAGGAGGAGGAUGAUGAGGAGAGAGAGAUGAGCAUGUGGGGCUAUGGGAGUGAUGAGGAGGACGCAGAUGAGUAUGCUCUCAGGCUGCAAUGUCAAGGAGGUGCCGAUACAGAGAAAGGAGGAGGGGGAGGGGGAGGAGGAGGAGUGGAGGGAGGAGUGGCGGGGGUCCAGGGGAGUCCAGUGCGGUUGGAAGGCGUGCUGCUGCAGGCGCUGAUGCGGAAGCAUCUGGGCCGUUGGUUGGCGCUGAACAGCGAUGCAGCGAGGGAGGCGGGCAGGAGGGGCAUGGGGCUGGGGCUGGGGCAUCUGGUGGCGGCACUGGGGUGGCCGUGGGCUGUGCCUCUGCUCAUGGCUGUGGGGUGGGACCUGAACGCGCGAGACAAGAGGGGGUGUACGGCGUUACACUGGGCUGCUGCUAAAGGGAGGGAAGCAAGGGUGGUGGCGCUGGUGGCAGCGGGUGCCAACGCUUCUCCACCACUGAAACUGCCUCGCAAUGGUGGUGGCGCUGGUAUGGCAGCGGGCACCAACUCCUCUCUUCUGGAAGAGGCAAUGGUGGUGGCACUGGUGGCUGCUGGCGCCAACUCCUCUCUGCUCGCGCGAGUGGGAGGGGCGGAGCGCACAGCAGCAGACACCGCAUCAGCAUGCGGGCACACGGGCAUCGCGGCGUAUCUAGCAGAGUCAUCUCUCAACGCCUCCCUCUCCUCCAUGACCAUUCAGGACCAGCACCAGCUGGCCACCGACCCCUCUCUUCUCCAAUCCGCCGCUGCUGCCGGUCACGCAGCCGUGGCCGCAGCAGCAGGUGCCAGCAGUGGCGGCAGUGCUGGUGCUGCUGCUGCUGCUGGUGCUGCUGCUGCCGGUGGUCUCCCGGGGGCGGCUCGUCCCGCUGCUGUUGCCGCAUCUCCCGACAUGCAGGAAACGCUGGAUGCGAUCCGAAGAACGGCGCAGGCCGCAGCGUUGAUCCAGGAGCGGUUCAGGAAGCACUCGGAGCGAAGGCGCCAGCAGCAGGAGGAGGAGGAGGAGCUUAGAGAGCAGGAGAGAGCAGUGGCGGCUGCAGCGGAGGCAGCGGCAGGGCUUGGGAUUGGAGGGGAUGAUGAGUUGGAUGAGGAGGAGGCGAGGAUGCUGGUGGCGGCGAGGAAGAUUCAGAACGCGUUCCGAGGGCACAAGACCUUCAAGCAGUCGGAGGCGGCGCGGAGCAUUCAGAGGCGGUUCCGCACGUGGAAGCACCGCAGGGAGUUUCUGCGCAUGCGGCAGCGCGUGAUCAAGAUUCAGGCGCACGUGAAGGGGCACAUUCAGUGGGCGCAUGUGAAGGGGCACAUCCAGCGAGUAAAGUACAAGAAGAUGAAGUGGGGCCUGGGGAUUAUUGCCAAGGCGGUCCUGCGCUGGCGGUUCCGCCGCAGUGGCGUGCGGGGGCUCCAAGCCCAGCAGGGAGACUGCCACUCCGAUGCGGAUGGUGCGCUGUACGGGAGUGAGGGCGUGGAGGCGGGGGGUGGGGAUGGGGAGGAGAGAGAGUUCAACUCACCCACUCCAGACCACACGCACUUCCGCGCGUUCCUCCCUUUCGCUCCUGCCAUGGAGCCUCUCCCCACUGUAGGCUUUCCGCUUUUCGCCGACUCGUUACACGCAAACAAACGCCUUCGAUCCCUCUCAUCGUCCCCCAUCUCCGUCCCUCCAGCGGCUCUCCUCGAUACUACGCUCAGCCUAUCCUCUACUCCGAUCGUCUCUCCCCCACCGUGCCCGCCGUGUAACGGCGCGAUUUUGGAACGUUCGCCGUGUGACGACAACACCAAUGCCGCGCUCCCCUUUCUCGCAAUGCUCCGCCGCUUCAAGCCCCAAACGCAAUCCCCGGCCGCCGCAAUUCCCCAGAUUCCUCGCGUCCUCAGCGCCAGUCCACUUCGGCGGACCAAUGCGCCACUCCCCGCGGUUCCUGCAGCUCCCGCCGCUGCUCCCGCCGCUCACCCUGCACGCUGUCCGCUCCCGCCUGUGGAGGCCCUCCGCCGCGCCGUGAAGCGCUCGCACGCCGCAGCCCGACUCGACGAGGAGGUUACCAGCCAGCUUCGGUCCACCUAUCCCUCGGAUUGCCCCUUGCAAGUCCCGUCAAACGCGCUCGAGGUCGGUGCCGCGGCGUCGGGACUCCCAGCGGUGCUUCCGUGCGACGCUGGCGUGGCGGAGCGGCUCGUGAAGUACGACAGGCUGACGUCGUCGCUGCGUGGCUCUCUGCCGCCCGCGAAUCUCGCGCAGUGGGACGCGGCGGUGGGCAAGCUGAGGGAUCGCGUCGCGAUGAAGGAGGAGUUUGGAAACGACGUGAACGGGUUCCUUCUGUUUCUCCACGCGCAGCUCGGCGCGCAGCAGCCGUCAGCGCGCAAGGCGCUUCAGCUGUUCGCUGCGUUCAAGCAGGCGCAGAGGCAGAGGCAGAACAUGGGAGCUACGGUGGCAUCUGAAGCGCCGCUGCCGCCGGCGGCUGCGGCGGUUUCGCGCCGUGUUUCGGCACAGGCUCCCGAAACUGACGACGAUACCGCUUCCGUGUGUAGCAACGAUCCCGAAUCUGAAGGCUCACAGGCUGAGUCAUCCUUUAUUCGCCGUGACUCAUCCACAUCGACUUCCGUUCCUUCCGCAAGCGGGUGUCGGAGUGACGUGUGUUCGCAGCAGCUGAAUGUGGAACAGCCGAGGCUGGGUCAGCCAAGGGUCGACCUUGGGAUUGACGUGACGUGUCCUGCUGCUGUGAAGAAGAUGCUUUUUGAACUCCAGUCCGCAGUGGUUCAGUUGGAGAGGAAUGCCGCGAUGGACGCGCGGAUCAAGGCAGAGAGCCUUGCCGUGUUGCGGACCGCGCAGGGCCACUUAUUAUCGCGCCUCGCUACUGUUGUCCGCUCGGUGUAG